CAUUCUCUCUCCUCUCCUAUUAAAAAACUACAGAACAACCCACAACACAGACAGAAUUAAGUACAACACCUAACCCAUUGGUGUCAACUUGUUUUGCAAAUUGCAAUAAACCCAAUUCAUUUCCACUUAAUUCUCCUCUAAUUCCAACCAAACAUGUCCUCUAUAAGCUCGCAAGUGGUCUUAGCAACAGCCAUGGCGGUCUCCGGCACCUUAAUUAUUCUCUCUCUCUUCCGGGAAAAGCCUCUCUCACCUGCCCAACUUUCUGGGAAUCAAGAUUCCCACCAAGAAAAGAAUAUUCUACGUUCUUGUUUGUCUUCAAAAGGCAAGAAAAGGGAGAGAAAGAAGAAGAGAGUCAAAUUUGCUGAUGUGUGAAAGAUUCAAGUUGGGAGGGUAAGUAGUACAGAAAAGACCAGAGGAAGUCGACCGAAAUUCUUGAUUCUUGUGGAGAAGAAAUACGGGGAAAUCGCUUUACGCCGGCGAAUCGGGUGGCACUGUACAGUGUGAUUCUUAGGGAUCGCGUGCAACGAAUGGAGUAUUCAUAUUGAUGAAUCUAUCAAUUUGGGAUUUGUUGAUAUGGGUGGGUAGGGGGCGUAAAUGUAAAUAAAAGUUUGUGGAAAUUAUGGUUUCUAAUUAUUGUAAUUUUUUAUCUUUUAUUAAUGGA